AUGAAAGUGUCAAAAGAUAGGAGUAAGAAAGGUGUCAAACCAAAGCAAAAGAAUUCUAGGAAGCCUUUAUCAUUGAAGCAAAAGUUGCAAAAGGAAUCUAAAAUUGUAAAGGUAGAUAAUUUAAACUGGAAAGCAGUUGAUAUACCGGACAAUUUAGAUGAUUAUCAAGGCUUUUAUGGGUUAGAAGAAAUUGAUGGAGUUGAUGUUAAAGUUUCUGGAGGUAAUGUAGAGUUUGUUGUUAAAGACGACUCCAAAGUUAAAAAAAGUGAUGAUGAGGACGAUGAAGAAGAUGAUGACGAUCAAGAUGAUGACGAUCAAGAUGAUGACGAUCAAGAUGAUCAAGAUGAUGAUGAUGAUGAUAUUCAAGACGAUGAUAUUCAUGAUGAUGCGGACAUUGACGAUGAAGAUGACUUUAAAGGAUUUGAUGACGAUAAUAAUAUUGAUGAGGCAGAAAAAAUCAUUGUUGAAAGUGCAAAUAAAGAAAAUAAAUCCAAAACCAAAAGUAAGGCAACGAGUGAAAAGGGUCCAAAGAAAGAUGCCUUAUUAGAAAGUGCCUUCAAAAAUGUUGAUUUGGUUUUACCGGACGAUAAUGAUAUUAAUUUACCUUACUGGGAUGGUUUAUCAUUAAGUCCAUUUACAUUAAAUGGAUUAUCAGCUUUGAAAUUUGAGAAGCCAACUGCAAUUCAGAAAAGAACAAUCCCUCUUGCAAUUGAAGGGAAAGAUGUUAUCGGAAAAGCUAUCACUGGUUCAGGUAAGACCCUUGCAUAUGGUAUACCAAUAUUGGAACGUCACCUUCAGAAAAUGUCGAAAGCUAAUCAAAGUAACAAGAAAAUAAUAAGCCCACCAACUGGAAUAAUUUUUGCUCCCACCAGAGAAUUAGCACAUCAAGUCGUAGAUCAUUUAAAUAAAAUUGCCAAAUUUACUCCGUUAUCUCAACAUGGUAUAGUGAGUAUUACUGGUGGUCUUUCUAUUCAAAAGCAAGAAAGACUAUUAUCCCAUGGUCCAGGUAUACUUGUGGCAACGCCUGGUAGAUUCUUAGAGUUAUUACAAAAAGAUAUGGAAUUAGUCCAAAGAUUAUCCUGUACUGAUAUAGUUGUGUUAGAUGAAGCUGAUAGGUUAUUGCAAGAUGGUCAUUUUGAUGAAUUUGUAAAAAUAUUGGAAUUAUUUGGUAAACAUAGACCUAGGGAUAAUAAAGAACUUGAGUGGAAAUGGCAGACUUUAGUUUUCAGUGCAACAUUUUCAAGGGAUUUAUUUGGUAAAUUGGAUAAGCACUUGAAAACUAACAAAAAUAAAGAGGAAAUGGGAAGCUCUUUGAUUGAUAAUGACGAAAUUUUACAAUUAUUGAACGACAAAUUGAAAUUCAAAGACUCGAAGCCAACAUUGAUUGAUGCAAAUCCUAAAGAAAUGGUUGCAGGUCAAAUUACAGAGGCUUUAGUUGAAUGUGGUCCAACUGAAAGAGAUUUAUAUUUGUAUUACUUCCUUUUAUUAUAUCCAGGAUCGACGUUAGUCUUUGCAAAUUCUAUCGAUUCAGUGAAGAGAUUAGCACCAUUCUUAAAUAACUUGAAGGUUCCUACAUUCUCAAUUCAUUCAUCAAUGAUCCAGAAACAGAGAUUAAGAACAUUAGAAAGAUUCAAAGAGGCUAGUUCGAAAAACUCCACUGCUGUUUUAAUAGCAUCAGAUGUGGCUGCUAGAGGAUUAGAUAUUCCAAAUAUUGAUCAUGUUGCUCAUUACCAUUUACCAAGGUCUGCUGAUGUCUACAUACACAGAUCUGGUAGAACAGGGAGAGCAGGAAAAGAGGGUGUUUCGGUUAUGUUUUGUUCACCUCAAGAAGCAUCUGGUCCUUUGAGAAAAUUAAGAAAAUUAGUUGCAAAUAAUACGAAGAAAAGGACACGCUUAAAUGCACAUAACGAUGUUAAGUUACUUCCACUUGAAAUGGACCUUGUUUCACAGAUUAAGCCAAGAGUAACACUUGCUUCUAAAUUAGCUGAUGCAGAGAGAUCUUCCUCAUCCACUAGAAAAGAAGAUAACUGGGUUCAUGAAGCAGCAGAAGAAUUGGGUAUUGAUAAUUUAUCGGACAUUGACAAUUUUGAAGAUGAUUUUAUCAAGAGACAAAGAAAGAGAAAAGAAAACAAGGCAUUGACCAAAGAUGAACUGAGAAGUUUGAGGUUAGAAUUAAAUGAUUUACUCUCCAAGCCGAUCAGAAAAAAUUCGAGAAGAUCAUAUUUAACAAGCGGUUUACAAAAUUUAGCUCAUCAAAUGGUAACGGGUAACACACACAAAGAAGUUUUAGGCCAUGCAAGUGUUAAUGCAUUAGAUGAUUUAAGAACCAAAAAAGUCAUUAAGAAAAAGCAAACCAAAGUCAAUAAAGCCAAUAAAACCAAUAAAGCAAAGGCAAAAAAAUAA